CAAUUCUGUAUUCCCUCUUACAAAAUGGCGAAGCAUCAUCCAGAUUUGAUUUUCUGUCGAAAGCAGCCGGGCGUUGCUAUUGGGAGGCUCUGUGAAAAAUGUGAUGGAAAGUGUGUUAUCUGUGACUCUUACGUGCGUCCGUGUACCUUGGUCCGGAUCUGUGACGAGUGUAACUACGGGUCCUACCAGGGUCGGUGUGUGAUCUGUGGAGGGCCUGGUGUGUCGGAUGCCUACUACUGCAAGGAAUGCACCAUCAUGGAGAAGGAUAGAGACGGGUGUCCUAAAAUUGUGAAUUUGGGAAGUGCCAAGACAGACUUGUUUUAUGAGAGAAAGAAAUAUGGCUUCAAGAAAAGGUGAUCUGUGUGUUUUUGUGACUUGCCUUAUCAUUGAAACAAAGACAUUUAAUUGUUACCAUGGGAACACAUCUUCAGCAACCAUAAGCCAUCCUGUUUAUCUGUCAUAAGAACGACAUCUGUGGACAACACUCUCAUUCCAGGACAUUCAACAUCAUUUGACUCCGAAGGACAAACUGUUUAUCAGAUGUCACAUACCUGAUUUUAUGGGAAACAUGUUAAUAAAGCUUUUUAGAUAGAAA